UUCAUUUUCUGCUACUGUUCCAUUCCUCUGUCCUUUUUCCCUGUUUCAUCUACAAAUUACUUCGAUCUAAAUAAAAUAUAAUCUGAAUCGGAUUUGAUUUUCAUGGCGGAGGAAGAAUUCCAAGAGUCCGAGGCUUUGUUUUCCGACCAAAACAGCAACCAUUACGGCACACUUGACGAGGAUGCUGCUGCUGUUAAGGAUGAUGGUUUCACCAAAAACGGCCGUGUUUCACGUAACUACAAUUCCAACAAGAAGGUGGCCCCCAGCUCGCUUCCUGUAAACAUUCCACGUCAUCACGGCGGCGCUGCUUUCCAUUGCGGCGGCGAAGCUGUGGAGUUCGAGGAAUACGACGACGGGGAAAUGGAGCCUCCCCAUGCGGUUAUAGCGAGGAGAAUCGCAAGGAAAAUGGCGUUUUCCGUUUGUACAGGCAAUGGAAGGACGCUUAAAGGAAGGGAUUUGAGUAAAGUUCGAAACUCAGUUCUACGAAUGACAGGAUUUUUGGAAGCCUAAACUCUUAGUAUUCAUUUCAGAAAUGAAAUUACAAAAGAAGAAGAAAGAGAUCGAUUUCCUUUUGUUAUGAUCUAGGUCCUUUCAUGUUUUUCUACCUUGGGAUUCUUAAUUUAUCCAUUGUUACAGAAAAAGAAGGAAAAAAUGGAAUCAAUGAACAAUUAAUAAAAUGUCUUUGCUUAA